AUGGCCCUCAAGCUCAAACAACGAAAUGUGUCUAGCAGUGCGUCCGCACCUACUGUGGACACGACUGCGAUCGUGCGCGGAGUCAUUGAUGAUAUCCGUGCAACCGGUGAUAAGGCUGUGAGAAGCUAUUCGGAGAAGUUCGACAAGUGGAGUCCUGCAAGCUUCAAGCUUUCGCAAGAAGAUAUUCAGUCUAUCAUCUCGACUGUGCCGCAGCAGAUUAUCGACGAUAUCAAGCAAGUUCAAGAGAAUGUGCGGACUUUCGCCCUGGCGCAGAGAGCUUGCAUUAAGGAUUUCGAGAUGGAGAUUCGACCUGGCGUGCACCUUGGUCACAAGAAUGUCCCCAUCAAUUCAAUUGGCGCGUACAUCCCCGGUGGUCGCUAUCCUCUCCUCGCCUCGGCCCAUAUGACGAUCCUCACUGCCAAAUGCGCUGGUGUUCCCCAUGUCACUGCCUGCACACCCCCGAUCGCCGGAAAGAUCCCCGCGAACACAAUCGCCGCGAUGUACUUCGCAGGUGCGGAUGACAUCUAUGUCCUGGGUGGUGUGCAAGCCGUCGCAUCGAUGGCCAUCGGAACCGAGACGAUGAAGAAGGUGGAUUUCAUUGCUGGACCAGGCAACGCAUUUGUCGCCGAGGCCAAGCGCCAGCUCUUCGGCGAAGAGAUCGGCAUCGAUCUUCCCGCCGGACCAACCGAGAUCCUGAUCGUCGCCGACGAACAUGCAGAUCCAUUCAUCCUCGCCACAGAUCUUCUCUCCCAAGCCGAGCACGGCCCCGACUCCCCAGCUGUCCUGAUCACCAACUCCAAGACCGUCGGCGAGAAGACCAUCUCCGAAGUUGACCGUCUGUUGAAGGUCCUUCCCACCGCCGACAUCGCAGGAGUCUCCUGGGACCGUCUCGGAGAGGUUAUCCUGGUCGAGGACCUAGAUGCAGCAUACAAGCUUGCAGACGAGUACGCAUACGAACACGUGCAGAUCCUCACACAGAACCCGCGCGAAGCUCUAACCAAGAUGUCCAACUACGGAGCCUUGUUCUUGGGCGAGAAGACCUGCGUCUCCUACGGUGAUAAGUGUAUUGGAACUAACCACGUUCUCCCAACUCGUGGUGCAGCCAGGUAUACUGGCGGUCUGUGGGUGGGUAAGUACCUCAAGACAGUGACCUAUCAAGAAGUCACAUCGGAGCAGGAGAGUGGCGAGCUUGGUCGUCUCUGUGGUCGAUCUGCACGUGCGGAGAACUUUGAGGGCCAUGCCCGUUCGGGUGAUGCUCGCGCGCAUCAAUACUUGGGAGACAAAUUUGAUUGGAUCUAG